AUGCCAACCACCAGGAGAUCAACAGGAGGAGGCCGCGCCAGACCUGGCCCGGCACGAGGCCAAUCGACCAUCAGUUUCUCUCAUAGAGUCUCGAAGCCCGUACCCAAGGACACCAAGAAAGCUGGUCUUUCCUCUGCCAUUGAUAGAUCGGAUCUCGCCAAGCCAACCAGCAAGGAGCAACAAGAUGUCGACGAGAUCCAGAUCGAGCAAUCUGCGACCCCUGAGAUUGAGGAGGUGGACAUCAGGGAAGAAGUUCCUGAAAAGUCGGAGGCUGAAAUGAGGGCCGAGAAGAUCAGCGAUGCCCAGAUCAACAAGUACUGGAAGUCGGUCGAGGCUCAACGCAUUGCGCCUAGGGUGCAUCAGAGUGACGUGAGUUUGGCCGAGAGGGUUCUGCGAUACUUCGAUGUCAGCUCUCAGUACGGUCCCUGCAUCGGCCUCCAGCGUACGAAGCGUUGGCAGCGCGCUGAGAGACUGGGCCUCAACCCACCGAUUGAGGUCCUUGCGGUGCUGCUCAAGGAGGAGAAGAAAAGUCACGCUUCCGAGCGGGCUCACUUGGACGAGCUCAUGAACUCGACCGCGGUUGGAGCCGCAUGA